GCUCCAUUGUGGUUCAACCAAUAGAAGCACAGCUCCAUCUUGGCUGUGCACUAGACUGCAUUACAAACAGACGAUACCAUCGCUUCAGCAGCAUCCUCUCAGACAAGAGCCACUAUUUCUGAUUCAGAUCACCUGUCAUCAAAGUUUAAAGAAGGGGAAACAGGAGACAGAAAUACACUGAACCAAAAAGAUUCAAAAGAGCAAUAUAAGAAGUGGAAUCUCUAAGAAUGGCUUCCAGCCACUGGAAUGAAACCACUACCUCUGUUUAUCAGUACCUUGGUUUUCAAGUUCAAAAAAUUUACCCUUUCCAUGACAACUGGAACACUGCCUGCUUUGUCAUCCUGCUUUUAUUUAUAUUUACAGUGGUAUCUUUAGUGGUGCUGGCUUUCCUUUAUGAAGUGCUUGACUGCUGCUGCUGUGUAAAAAACAAAACCGUGAAAGACUUGAAAAGUGAACCCAACCCUCUUAGAAGUAUGAUGGACAACAUCAGAAAACGUGAAACUGAAGUGGUCUAACACUCUACAGAAGAUGAACAAAAUCUUUGAAAGCAGCUCAACCUCUUCUGAGAAAAAAAAUAUAUUCUGAGGCCAACUGUUGCUACAAAACAAAUUCUGAAUGGUUAAAACAUUUCUAGUAGAAGGGGAAAAAAAAGUUAAAUAUGCACUGUUUGUGUGUAUAGCCAUUUCAUUAAAUAUACAGUAAAACUUCA